CAACAACAGCAACAACAACAAUAAGCUUAUAUACAAGCGCAUCUUUUCACAUGUAUAUAUGUAUGAAAACCAUGUGAAUUAUUUAUUAAAAUAAAAGGGGGGAAAAAAAAGCAGAAGAGCAUUCGCGAUAAUUAUCAGAUAAACUCACAUCUAGGCGCAUGUGUGUGCGUGUAUAUGUAAACUCCCAUGCAACAACAAUUUGUGAAUAAUAUCUUACACAAUACACUUCACAGUGCUCAUGAAAUAAGAAUAACAAGAGCAACAACAUCAACAACAAGAAUAAUAUAUAAAAAGAUUAAAAGAUAACUUAAAAAUAAAUGAAAUGCAAAAAAUAUUUAGUUGAUAUUAAAGUGAGAACGUGGCCUGAGUAACGUUAUUUUCUAAAGAAAAAAAAAAAAAAAGAAGAAAAAAAAAAUCCUUUUAAACGUUAAAGGAAUUCAUCACAAAAUUAUCAUUAAUGGGUAAUCAAGUGCAUUUUUUUGAUUUUGCGCCGGUACGUUGCGUCAACUUGGUGGCUGGCAUAACAGCGGUUAUCGGUAUAAUUGGCAGUGUUUUCCUGUUAACACGUACCACACAAAGCUUGGUCGGUAAAUUAAAUGAAAGAAAUCGAAAGAAAUCGUUGGAUGAAAGACAUUUUUGCAAUGUCUGCUGCACAGAAAUAAACCCCGAGGAUGUGAAGAGUUUUGUGAAAUGUUGGCUUUGUUUAAAGUCCACUUGUCGAAGUUUCAAAUGUGCCAACUGGCUACCGAAAGUCGCUUUAUGGGAAUGCGAUUUGUGCCAAAAAUCUAAGGAAUCUAUGGCUCAAACUUCGUCAUGGGUAGCUGAACAAUUCUCAUUUAAUGAAGACAAAUUAGUUUAUCCCUUAAGAGCGCGUAGCGAAAUAUUUAUUCCAAUCAAUGAAUGCAACGAUAAUACGAUAAAUUUUGACAGUGUUAGUCAAAUUGGUGCCAACUCUACAAUAAUAACAGCCGAACAAAAAUUAAAAAUACGAGAAUACGUUGAAGAGAUUGUGAGCAAAUUGUUAGGUGGAAAUUUAGAUACUAUUUCAGUGAAUCAGUUAUCGAAAAGUGAAAAUUAUUUGCAAGUUUUCGAUAAACAUCACUUAGCGUUGAGUGAGAUUUUUCUAAAUAUGGAAAACGCUUUAAAUCAACGAAGUUUACUGCAGCAAGGCGAUUUAUCUCCACCCAAGUCUGUCGAACAAAAUGGUACAAUUUUAUCGAACGGCGAUAUUACAACAAAGAGAAAUUACAAUCAAAAUAAUGCCGAUUUUGGAGAUAUCUCAGAAGCGCGUCUACGUCAGAUGAUACAAAAAAUUAUAGCUGAGACUAUGAGUAUGCCACCAUUGACCAUGAAUCAUGCUGUAUCCGAAGUGGCCUUGGAUAGACCAAGUAAAACGUCAGCUAAGCAUACAUUUAAAAAUGGUUAUCGUCAUCGUACGGAACACUAUUUUGAACCAAAAAUCUAUCAGGAUUUAUUAGCCACCGCGGUGCUUAAUAAGAUUGUCGAUACUCAAGGAAAUAAUAGAAUUAUUUCGGAAAGCACACCCGACUUAUCUCAAUCAAAUCAAUCGAAUGAUAUGGAUCAGAAUUAUAAUGUGGAAAAUCAAAGCACUUCCUCGGGCAGCUCAGUAGAACCACGUAGUGAUUGCAGCUAUAGCGAAAUGGAUCGAAUAUUGAAUAAUCAAAUUAAUAAGCCUGCAGAAUCGCCUUUAGAUCCUGGCCGAGAAUCAACAAUGAGUGAUUAUUUAGCUGGUCAUAUGGUGCCAUUGCCUGAUCUAUCCAAUGUGCCUACAGAGUCCGAGGAGGAUGAUUUUGUUUCUAUUACUUCGAGUGCUAAGGGCGAAGGUACUUGGGAACAUAAUUGGCUGUUUAAGAAAAAACAUUCAUCAUUGGGAGGAUCGGGUACAACAGCCACCAUUCUUAUACCAAUUCCUAAAGAAGACGUACGUGCUCAAAUUGGCGAUAAAGCUACUGAUGAAGUAAGCGAUUUAUCGGAAUUGGGUUCAGAAACCGAUGAUUCAUCUUCGGGUUUACUAAGUACAAAGAUGGACCCACUUAAUGAUCGUUUGCUUAAUAAGCAUAUAAUCGGCGGACAGAAUAGUAAAUCCGUUUUGGAUGAAUUAAUUGAAAGCAGCAGCGUACCAAUCAAUAAUCUACCUAGCGAACAGGACGAGACUUACACCGAUACUCUGAAUGAACACGUAGUAGAUGCACCUCCCAAAAAUGAAGCUAUCAACGAUGAGAUAAAUAAAAUUGAAACUAUUGAUUCAGAAACCGAACGCAAGCCAUCAACAGAAUGUGAAACUGAAGACGUUGACAUACCCGCUGAAGGUUGUUUAGGUUUCAGUCAAGUUGAAAUUAUUGAUGCAUCUGAGCGUACACCUUCAGUAAUUGAAAUUUUAGCAGCUGUAGCCCUUGCCCCAAUGAUAGCCGUACCAGCUGCUGAUCAACCGGCUGCUUUAACUAGCGCAGAAUUGUCUACCUUACACGAAUUAACGGACUUGGCGUUGACGGAGAUCAAGACACGUGCCGGCGAAGUAACGGCUCACGAUUUAGAAGUUAUACCAGAAGAGCCAAACGAUAUAACUUUGCAAGAAGAGUUCUUAAUUGAUUUAAAAAACUUGCCGCCACCUCCAGCUCUUGACGAUAUGUCUACUGAUUAUAUAAUAGAAAAUUUAAUUUUAAAGCCACCAGAUGAAAUAGUUGAGCUCGUCACAUAUAUACCAAUUGUGGAACCGCCUCCUGAAAUCGAACAGGAAACCGUUGAAUCUGAACAAACAAAUGCCAAAGCCAUUGCUUUACAAGCAGGAACAAGUAGUGUCGGUGAAGCAAGUCAACUUCUUGACACUACUCAUUCUCGAGAACAGACAGUGUUGCACGAAUCUAUAGCAAUUGAAGAAAAUCAAUCGGUUGAUGAAAUAAAAUCGAACUUAGCCCAGGUGGUCGAAGGAAAUUCGAUGUCGCUAGGUAUUGAAAAACCUGCGAUCACGGAAGAAAUUCCAGAAAUGCUAGAAGUACAACAAAAGGUAAUAAACGAAAGAUGGUCAUCCGGUGAUAAGAAUGAGGGUUUCCAACCUGAAACUGUAAUAAAAACAAACGCGAAAGUUGCUAAAGAGGACUUGACUUCGUCUGAUAUUAUUGCAAUAGAGACCAGUGAAGCAAUUCUAGCGAAGGUAGAGGCUGAACAUCUGUUAGCAGAAGAAAAACGAGAUCGAUCUUCCGGUGAAAGGAUAUCGGUUUUACAACCUGAAUCUAUAGUAGAAAUUGAGGCAGCGGUUGCUUCGCCGGAUACUAAUAACUCACCAUCCUUCGAAACUAAAGAAGAUGGAGAAAAUGUAGCACAGAAAGAUGGAUCUACCGAUCCAACGAAAUCGAAUUUACAACCUGAAUCUGUAGUGGAAACAGAAACACAAGUUGCUAAAAAGGAUUUGACUUCGUCUCAUAUUAUUGAGAUUGCAACCACUGAAGAGAGUUCAGCGAUCUUAGAUGUGAAAGAUACGGUAGGACAAGAAACACAAGAUCCAUCUUCCGAAGAAACAAAGUCGGAUUUACAACCUGAAUCUUUAGUGGGAACAGAAAAGGAAGUUGCUGAAAAAGAUUUGACUUUGCCUGAUGUUAAUGGGCCACCAACAAGUGAAACAACUCCAGUGACACCAGAUGUUAAAGAUACGGUAGCAAAAGACAAGCAAGAUCGAUUUUCCGAAGAAACUAAAUCGGAUUUUCAACCUGAAUUUGUAGUGAAAGACGAAACAGAAGUUGCUGAGACGGAUUUGGCUUCACCUAAUCUUAACGAACUAGCGAGCAAUGAAGCUAUUCCACUUGCUGAAAAUACGGUAGCACAACACAAGCAGGACCGAUCUUCCGAUAAAACGGAUUCACAACUCGAAUCUGUAGCGAAAACAGUAAUAGAAGUUACUGAAAAGGAUUUGACUUCGUCUAAUAUUAAAGAAACAGCAACCAGUGAAGCAAUUCCAGCGACGCUAGAAGUUGAAGAUACGGUAGCACAUAAAACACAAGAUCGGUCUUCCGAUGAAACGAAAUCGAAUUUACAAGCUGAAUCUGUAGUGAAAACAGAAACUGAGGCGGGUGAAAAGGAUUUGACUUCGUCCGAUAUUAAUGAACCAGCAACAAGUAAAGGAACUCCGCCCGCUUUAGAUGCUGAAGAUAUGGUAGGACAAGAAACACAGGAUGGGUCUUCCGAUGAAACGAUAUCGGACAUACAACCCGAAUCUGUCGUGAAAACAGAAACAGAAGUUAGUGAUAAGGAUUUGACUUCGUCUGAUAUUAAUGAGCCAGAAAGCAGUGAACCAAAUCCAGUGACACUAGAAGUUGAAGAUGUGGUAGCACAACAAAAACAAGAUCGAUCUUCCGAUGAAACGAAAUCGGACAUACGACCCGAUUCUAUAGCGAAAACAGAAACUGAAGUUGCUCAAAAGGAUUUGACUUCGUCCGUUAUUAAUGAGCCCGCAAGUUGUGAAGCAACUCCGCCGACCUUAGAUGCUGAAGAUACGGUAGCACAAGAAGCACAAGAUCAAGCUUCCGAUAAAACGAAAUCGAACAUAGAAGCCGAAUCUGUAGUGAAAGCAGAAACAGAAGUUAGUGAUAAGGAUUUUAUUUCGUCUAAUAUUAAUGAGCCAGAAAGCACUGUAACAAUUCCAGUGACACUAGAAGUAGAAGAUGUGGUAGCACAACAAAAACAAGAUCGAUUUUCCGAUGAAAUGAAAUCGGACAUACAAUCCGAUUCUAUAGCGAAAACAGAAACUGAAGUUGUUCAAAAGGAUUUGACUUCGUCCGAUAUUAGUGAGCCCGCAACCAGUGAAGCAACUCCGCCGACCGUAGAUGUUGAAGCUGCGGCAGCACAAGAGAAACAAGGUCGAUCUUCCGAUGAAGCGAACUUACAACCCGAAUUUGUAACGAAAACAGAAACUGAAGUUGCUGAAAAGGAUUUGACUUCGUCCGAUGUUAAUGAGCUAGCAACGAGUGAAGCAACUGAGGCGACCUCAGACGCUGAAGGUACGGUAGCACAAGAAACACAAGAUCGGUCUUCCGAUGAAACGAUAUCGGACAUACAACCUGAAUCUGUAUUGAAAACAGAAACAGAAGUUAGUGAUAAGGAUUUGACUUCAUCUGAUAUUAAUGAGCCAGAGAGCAGUGAACCAAUUCCAGUGACACUAGAAGUAGAAGAUAUGAUAGCACAACAAAAACAAGAUCGAUCUUCCGAUGAAAUGAAAUCGGACAUACAAUCCGAUUCUAUAGCGAAAACAGAAACUGAAAUUGCUCAAAAGGAUUUGACUUCGUCCGAUAUUAGUGAGCCCGCAACCAGUAAAGCAACUCCGCCGACUGUAGAUGUUGAAGCUGCGGCAGCACAAGAGAAACAAGAUCGAUCUUCCGAUGAAACGAAAUUACAACCCGAAUUUGUAACGAAAACAGAAACUGAAGUUGCUGAAAAGGAUUUGACUUCGUCCGAUGUUAAUGAGCUACCAACCAGUGAAGCAACUCCGGCGACACUAGAUGUGGGAGAUACGGCAGCACAAGAAACACAAGACCAAUCGUCCGAUGAAAGGAAACCGGACUUAAAGCCUGCAGUGAUAGCAAGGGCAAAAGUUAUAUCGUCAGAUGUUAAUAACUCAGUCACCUCCGAAACUACUCCAGCAACUGUGGAAGUUAAAUCUACAGUAGAGCACGAAGAACAUGUUGAGUCCUCCGAUGAAACCAGAUCAGAUUUACGACUUGAGUCUACACAGCAAACAGAACAAAAGAUUGGUGAAGAGUAUAUAACUUCUAUGGGUCUUAGUGGACAAGAUAAGCUUUUAGAGAGCAUUUCAGAUAUUUCAGUACAAGCGCUUGAGUUAAUAAGAGAGGAGCCCAAGUUAGAUGAGAGCAAUAUUGCAUCUGAUUUAGAGAGCAGUGAAAUUCCAAUUUUAGAACCUCCAGCAGGCUUUAAUGAAGAAUGCGAGACAAAUAUUGCAGUUGAAGAAAAAGAAACCAAUGAAAGUAAUGUCGAGAAAAUAAUAAAAGAAAAUGAAGAAAAGGCUUCUUCGGAAAAGCUAUUAUUUAAUAUGGAGGAGAAAGUAAAGUCUUCUGAAACUAUUCAUAGCACAAUAAAUCAACUUAUAUCAACCGAAAAUGAGUUGACUUUCACAGAAAAAAAGGAAGCGUUCGAAAUCGAGCAAUCACGGGCCAAGACAAACUUAAAUCUACACGAGGAAUUAUUCAGUGUAGCAGAACAAGACGAAAAUUUAUCAAUUAAGAAAUCACGGCAUCCCUCAUUAGGUGUUAUUGAAUGCCAACCUACAAUUAUAGAAACCUUCGCUAUUUCAUUCGAAGAGUCCACUGACAAUGCGUUUACAGACGCUACAACUGAUGAUAACUUAUCUAGGGAGACUUCAUCUUGUUCUUUUGUCGCAACCCAAAGGGCAAAAGGCAAUGAGGACUUAGAAGAAUCCGCUGCUUUAAAAGCUCAAGAUCAUUCUACAGCUUUAUCUACCCAACAUACACCACAAGAAGUGUUAGAAAAGUCCAAAGCAUUAAUAGGAAAACCGGAAGAGGAAUCAAAAUCGUCAGAAAAGGAGGCUAUGGUUUUAUUAGGACCAUUACCCCAUGAAGGAAGCAAAGUCGGUGAGGAGGCGAUAAAUGCACAAAAUCCGAGUACUGAAAAUCAACAGUUGAACGCAGACGCUCAAGUAACGGUUGAAGAACAAUCACAUGAAGAGAGAAAUGUAAACAUUGAAAUGAAUGCAAAUUCGCCGUCACCUUCGCAAGACGAGGUUAUACCUCCGCCUGUCGCUUUCGAAUCGGAAUACAUCCUAACGAACCAAAGUUGUGAAACUUCGGCAGAGAAUGCAGUGAAGACGGUGAAUCUAUUAGCGGAGAAUUCAGCAAUAAAAAAUGAAUCAAUUCCGGACAAUAUUGAAUCCUCACAAGCUUCGAUAACUAAGUUUGAGACAAAUCCAGAAAAUUUGAAAGUUAUUGAAGAGAAAGCAGAAGAAUCAUCUCAAUUUCCACAAGAAAAAACUAUUGUUGAAGAACAAGCAGGGAAACUUGAUUCAACCGCUGUAUCUACUGAAAUAGUUGUAGUGCCAAUUGUAGAUAGUACAAUGCCUGAUACGUCACAAAAAGCGGCCACAACUUCAACUAUUAAAUCUAAUGAAAUAAUCCCAAGCGCUGAUAUCAAUUCAACAAAAGAAGGUCACGAAACGAGGCAACCUUCUGAAAUAUUGCCGUGCGUAGGCGCAGAUAUACAAAAGAACGUGUUGAGCGAUUCACCUAACAUAUCAGUCGUUGUACCAGCGCGAGAGGCCACUACCAUCGCAUCUCACGUAACAACUCCAAGUACUGAAAUCAAUUCAGCAAGCGUAAAUCGCGAAACAAGUCAACCUGCGGAAACUUCGCCGAGUGCAGAAGCAGUUUUACAUAAGACCGUGUUGACUGAUACACCGGACACAUCAGUCAUUGCAACGCAAGAUCCCGACACAAAUAGUGCAUGUAAUGAAACAAACCGAAGCAAUGAAGUUACUUCUGCAAACGAAGGUCAAAAAAUAAUUCAACCUUCUGGAAUUGAAAAAAUCGGAAAUGAUGAAAAUAUUUCCAUUGCGUUAGAUCCCGAAAUAAUUCAAUCUUGUCCAUCUUUGCCGGGCCUGGUCGCAUUAAACGGAACAGCAAUUACGGAAGACAAUGUGACAGAACCUAAAGAAAAUGUCCUCAUUAGUAUAUGUAAUGAGAAAAUAAAAGAUUCAGCGAACUCAGGUGAAGAAGAGUUUGUUCGCUCGACAGAGCCUUUAUCAACUUCCAUUAAAAUAGCAAUUCAGGAAGAAAUAUUAACACAACAGGGCGAAAAAACUGAUGAAAAUAGUGCUAACAUAUCCUCAAUUGAAUCAUCUGAAGCCACGACUUUGACAUCUGUUAUUAACGUGGCCGGUAAGCAAACAGAGUGUAAGAAUGACCCCAUUGAAUCGGAGAUUCCAACGGUAUGCUGUCAAUCGUCAACUGAACCCGCGUCUAUCGUUAAAGACGAAAAGACUCCAAUUCCUGCUAAGGAAGAAAUUGAUUCAACAAAGCAUUUACCAAAAACCUCAUCAGAGGAAACUGUAGUUAGUUCGUCUGAACUCUCUAACUCUUCGGCUACUUCUGUCAAUGUAGAAGAAUCUGUAGUAUCAGAGACAAUUGUCAAUGCGUUUGCGACUUCAAAUUUAAGAGCAUUGGACUUGGAAAAAUCUUCCGUUGAGCAAUUGAGUACGAAGAAAGAACCGCAAACAUCAUUGGAACACGCUUCGAUGGAUGCAAUCGAAAUUGGGUCAGCAAAUUUGAGUAAGGAACAGGCGCCAGAAAUACCGAUUCAAGAACAACACACGCUGAUGAAAUCUGAAAUAUCCACAAUGGCACUAAUAGACUCAGGUUCAAUAGCUGAACGUGAAUACUUAAAAUGGCAUAAUGCCGUUGAUAUGCCUAAUAAUCCUUAUGCGCCGGAAGCUUUAAAAAAACGCAUCAAUGGUAGCCAAGAACGUUGCAUGGAUUUGCCGAAUAUAAGUCCUGGGAAAGAAGCAAAUCCUCUAGAACAUAUAACCAAACAGAAACUUAAUGACGAAACGGAUAAUAAACGAGAAAUUGAAUAUAAAAGAUACAGUCGCGAUUACUAUAUAAAUAACGUUUCAAAAUCGAAUGAAAGCCCAUCGAAAUCAGGCAGUGCCGAACAAUAUACUGAGGGCUGCACAACUCUUAAAGCAACCAACAAUUCACCCCCACCUCAAAGUAAUGAUCAUCAAGAUGUUUUAUAUAAAGCGGUACCGGCUCAAGUAACGGUGGCGGACGAUAUAGGUUCAUCUAUAGAAAAUAUUUCACAAAAAUCCCCAAAAUCUGCAAAUACUUCAACCAGUGAUGAUACCGAUACAGUACGUAUUUAUGAUUUCAAGAAGCAGGAAACGAUUAAAGUGCGCUCUGAAGUCACCCCCCAACGAAGUGAAGAAGAAAAGGGCAAAGAAAAUGCAAUGCCAACGGCGGACAGAGCGAAACAAUUGAAUUUCAAUCGAUCGGAAAGCGUUGGUCGCGGUUCAACACCAUCAGCAUUUAAAUUUUUACAGCCUAAAAGAAGACUAAUCGACCCUAGUCAUGUAAUGUCACUCGACGAGGAUGAAAGACCCCUUGUAAGUCCGAUGGUAGAUAAACCGGUUAUUGAGAAAGAAGUAGCUGAAGCCUUGCCCUCCGUCAAAGCUUUGGCAAAAGCGUUUCUCUUAUCUUCCUCGGCGUCACAAACUAGUCAAACGGAAAAACCUGAUACCAAAAAGGCCAAAAUAUCGCCACCUUUGGUUCAAAAGAAAUCUAUAGGCCCGGGCAAAUUAUCUAGUCGCCAAGAAGCCGAUACAAAUGAAGAUGCUACCAUAACCUCAGAUUUGUCUUCUUUAGACACUGAUCCAUCUAUUGUUGAAAUCACCAAAGAUCAAGAAUGCGAAGCAAUUAAUAAUAGUACAGCAACAACGACAACAAUACCGGCACCAUCAGCUAUAAAAAGCUGCCCGAGCAACACGAAUACGGUUCCCGUACGGGAAGGUGUCCUUAAAAAUAAUAUUGCUUUCUUUGAGAAUUUAAAGUUUAAGUAAAUAUUAUACAAAUAUUACGUACGAUUC